GUUGCAACAUAAGUUUCAAAUUAAAAACUUUUGGUUAGACAAUUCAUUUUCGGUAAGAUAUAUUUUUAUGCAUAUAUUUAUGCCAAGCAGUUUACGCUGCCACUGUUUCAACUGUUGAACAACUGUUCAACUGUCGUAUCGAUAACUCGCCCGAGUGAGAGUAGAGGACUGAAAAUCAUAUGUUUGUCUCCUUCUACUGCUCAACAUUAUCCAAAAUCCCGUACCGCAAGAACAAUGAGGAUGCUCAUAAUUUCGAAAUUAGUGUAUGUAGUACCAUGCGUUUUCAUAGUCCUUGGCUGGAUUCGGGGAGACGCUAUUUAGCACUAUUUAACGCUGAAAAUCUAUAGUCAUGUCACGUAUACUAUAGAUUUUCAGCGCUACAUAGCGCUAAUAGCGUCUCUCCGAAUCCAUCCCAUACGAUACGCCCCUGAAGACUCGCCGUCGCGCGUUAUAACAAAUGAACAGUCGUUGUUACGUGGUGAGCGGUUAGAAAAGAUGUGACUCUCGAAAGCAGGCAGAUCAUUCCGAGCACUGGUUCCAAGCAGUUUGAAACGUUAAUUUACUGCGUGACAUUUUUCACGAGUAAUAAAAUCAGUAUAAAGUGAUUUUGUUGUGCAAGUACAGAAGUAAAAUUCGAUACUGUCGCUGACCGAACUUCAAGAAGUACAAGAAAGCUUAUCGAAAAAAAAUGUCUUAUUUAUUUAAAGUUUGGUCGGCCAAUAGAAAACAAAAAAUCUCAUUGGUAAUUCAUCAAUCGGAUAACAUGUUACCUGAACUUAUUACAAAAAGUAAUAGCAAACUUGGUAUUAAUGGUUCCACUCUUGUUAUGGAAAAGGAUGGUGCAAAUAUCGAUGAUAAUGAUGUUCUAAAAUUUUGUUCCGGUGAAACUUUUAUGUUACUGCAAGCAGAAGAAUUUUGGUCACCUCAAAAUGAGACGGAAUUACGCAGUACAGCAUCAGCGGAUAUUCUAAGUCUAAGUGAUUCUGCAUCUACUUUGCCAACUUUGUCAAGUACACGACAUGCUUCAUCUCCAAUAACUGUGUCGCAUAUUAAAUCAGACAAUUAUGAAACUUGGACAAAUUUUCAUAUACCUUGGGACAAUUUGGAAUCUACAGUGCUUAAAGAAUUAGAAGCAGAAAACCGUAGCAAAUAUGUAAUACAUGCUGUUGUAAAUCGUAUAGUUUCAGAAAUGAGAAACAUAUAGGAAUUUAUCCCAUCUAAAGCAUUUAAAAUAGUUGCUAAAAAGGUCAUCGAAAAAUAUCCUCAAAUAUUCAAAGCUAUGGAUAAAGAUGGUAAAUGUUUCGGAGAUGGAAGUCAUACAUUAUAUUUAAAACUUCGUGAUAGAAAUUGUUAUCUUAAUAGACCACACAUGAAAAGGUCUUUAAGUCGAAGUUUAAAUAUACCGUUAAAAAAACAACGAAAAAUUUUAUCUGCCAAAGCUGGAUGUAGUAAUUGGCAACCUGACCAUUAUGAGGAAUCAGAAACAGAAGAUACAGUAGAAGACAAAACUGAAUUUCUACGGCAAGUAAUCCUUCAAGAUGCUCUAGAAAAUGAUCCUGAUACUCAAAAGAAAAUUUAUUUAUAUCUUGAAGCAACGUAUCCUGCACAAAGGUUAUUCCUGAAUAAUGUCCAUAAACCACUUACAAUUCAAGAUAUAAAAACUUCAUGGCCGAUACUUUUACAAAAAAAGUAUAUGUUCUGGCAUUAUCACAAAUUAAUGGAACACUCUAUACAUAAAC